UCGUCUAAGGGCCUUCGAUCGAGAAGUAGCACAGGUUGAGCCUAGUACAGACAUACAUACAUACAUGUAGUAGAGUGGCUACAUACAACAAACUCUCUGCUCGUGGUGGUCAACUUUUCAAGUGCCAACUCUUGGUAGAACGUGUCCAAUACUUAAUUGACAGAUUCAACUUUCGAUGAUGUCUUCGGGACUAACAGAGUGUUGGUGUGUCCACCUGAUUAUAAACAACGAAAAGGAUUAGGUUUCCACUCAACUCAGCUGCUCCCUUGUCUUGUACUAGUCGUCGAACCCUCAGUGGUGAUUAAGCCCCUCAAUAAUAUCACCCAAAUUGAGGUUUCCCGUCGGAAGAGCCGGUGUCAAAUCUCCGUUCUGACUUCCCCUCUCGAUGGCUCCAGUUUGGAAAUGGAUCGAAUGCACAUCAGACAUGGAUUACUAAAUUCAAAAUCAGAUACAACAACAUGUGGUGACUACUUCAACGAAAACCGAUAAGGUGUUCAAAUAAUCCGACCUUCGGCAUGACAAAAAUCGUGCUUGAAAAGCCUGGGAUCUUAACGCGACAAUGAAUAUUGAUAAGAAGUACAGUGAAUGAGUGAGUGAGUGGUGAGCUUGGGCAUCAAUUGGAUUCGCCUUGAGGGAAACAACCAACAGACCAGUGCAAGAAUCUAAAACUCAUGGACACAAACAGUAUGUCCGAUCAAAAGAGCGACUCUCCCGACUCUUCCAGCAACGGUCUAAGUCCACCCAUUGUCAUUGGUCUAAUUGUGGCAGGAACAGGGAUUGUCAUCUUGGUUGUGAUAUGCGUGGUUUGCAUGUUUUGGAGAAAAUCCAAGGCCAGGACCAAAGAUGAAAUGUCCGAUGAUGGAGGUUUUGGUCUCAAACCUGACGACAUCAAGAUCCAAACCUUGGGCCGGAACUACAAGAUCAACUCCAUUCCCAAUGCAGAGAACACUGACGAAUCUCGGAAAACCUCGGCGUGUUCCACUCACUCGCAUAAUCAUCACGAAGUGGCACCUUUAUUGACCAACGGUUCAUCACAUCCCGAGCGAUUGGACGUUGUCAAGCAUUCCAAUGAACCUUUUCGGAUCCUUGACCGAGCCACCAGCACCUACAUAGAGCCAAGAACCAUUGCAUCGCUCUCUAGGCAGAGUAGUAAUACCUCACAAAACAUGACCAUGGAGGAGGUCACGCGAAGCAUCAAUCCCUCUGCCAUAAUUGAUCGAACUCGAAAAGAAGAUCCAGCUGCACGGGCGCCUUUGGCUGAUGCCGAAUCUUUGUUUUCUGCCGAAUCCAUGGAUAUCCCCAAUGAGAUCCCUGCCAGUGUCUUAAAAUCAGGUCUAAAAUCCUCCACAAGACGCAACCCACACGGAGUUGGGGAAUUUCGGAGACCUCAAAGUGAUGGUAUCACGCAAGAAAAGAGAUAUGUUCCCAAACUUCCGCCUAAGACACGGAGAGGAGGUGGCGGCUUGAACGGAAAAACUACGGGCAAUGGAAAUCGAUCGUCCUCGCAGAUUGGCCAAGUCAACGAUUUGAAGGACCCAGUGGGAUCGUCCAGCCGGUCUAAGAGUGAAAACUGCUUGUUCACCGUGGCCGAGGAUCUCGAUUACGACGAUCUUCCCGAAUCGAUGGUCAGACCAGUGUUGCCACCAAAAUCAGUGCCUCAUUUGCCGCCUAAGCAGAUAAUCAACAAAAGCCAAAAUGACCUCGAAACUAUUGAUCAUAACUUUAAAUCAAGUCUGUCAGAGCUGGCCCAGAAGUUGUUGGAGGAGGAUGUAGAUUACGAUGACCCCCCACCCAAGGAGUCGGCUGAAAUCAAGAAUGGGAACCGAUCCGAAUUCGGAGACUACGACGAGCCAAUCUCCCACGCCCCCCACCGAAAGGAAUUUGAGGAUUACGACGAACCGGUUGAAUAUAAGAACUAAACAUGUGAUAUAUCAAGUGCUGAUUCUUGUGUGCAAUCUUCAUUUGUCUGCUCAGGGCCGUGGAAAGUCAAAGAUGGUAUUUCCCGAAAGUGCUCUUCCACCCAAUCCCGAAGCGUGAUUUAAUUCAACUUUUGUGGCCAGCAAUAAAAUUGUUUCAUCGA